GUAAUUUUUUUUUUCUUAUCUUCCCAUGUUGUUCUUGAAUCUUGAUUAUUGAAAGUCAUGGAAUGUAGUGAUGAUAAGUUAGACGCUUGAACUUAACUUUGAAGCUAAUGGGUAUCCAUCAAUCAUCGGUAGAAAUGUAUAAACAAAUGAUUGAAGAAUUGAAAGAAAAAAAGUUUACCAAAUUGGAUUGUUCUUUGUCAUGUUUCGCGUAAUAUUCUUUCUUUGUUGCUUGCGGGAGUUGCUUUAAAUUUAAUAUGUCCACUGCACCACCAAGCAUAGAUUCUCUUCAUCGACAAUGUUUUUGAGCCCUUAAUCCCAUUACCUGAAGUGGGGUUUCUUGAUUUUGUGCCCUGUGUUUUUCUGCAUUUGAUUCCCUUUCUCUUUCCAUCUCUAUCUUUCUCGUUAUGAAAAAGAUUUCUUGCUUUUCCCCUUUUCUUCACCUCUCCUUUCCAUGGAUGCCAUUGUUUCUUUUUGGAUUUUAGGCACAAUGUGUAGCUGGUUCACAUAUAUGCAUAUUUAGUGUUUGAAUAUUCACUUCUUUUUAUUCCAUUCCCAAUUUGCCUAUAAAUUCACACUCUCCCAACAAACCUAUUUCUUCAUAUUGCAGCACACGUUUUCACUGAUACAAGCCGGUGGUAGUGAUCUUCAUUAGUGAUUAAUUACUGAUCAACGCAUUUUCCUCUCAAACGAUUCACAUGUCCAAGAUGAGUUAUUCAAGCGCUUCAAUGGGUUCCGGUAGUAGAACAGCUAGGAGAACUGUGGAAUUCGGAAGAACAUAUGUUGUGAGGCCAAAAGCAAAACACCAAGCAACUAUAGUUUGGUUGCAUGGCCUUGGUGAUAAUGGUUCAAGUUGGUCACAACUCUUGGACAAUCUUCCUCUUCCAAAUAUUAAAUGGAUAUGCCCAACUGCACCUACUCGCCCAGUGACUGUGCUCGGUGGAUUCCCUUGUGCUGCAUGGUUUGAUGAAGGAGAGCUUUCAGAAGAUGGUCCAAAUGACGUUGAAGGGUUAGAUGCUUCAAUAGCUCACAUAGCAAACUUGUUAUCAACAGAGCCCUCUGAUGUAAAACUUGGGAUUGGUGGAUUUAGUAUGGGUGCUGCAUGUGCACUUUACUCUGCAGCUUGUUUUGCUCAAGGGAAAUAUGGAAAUGGAAAUCCUUACCCAAUUAACUUAAAAGCUGUUGUUGGAUUGAGUGGGUGGCUUCCUGGUGCUAGGAAUUUAAGGAACAAAAUUGGUGGCUCAAACGAAGCCGCAAGACGUGCUGCUUCAUUGCCCAUUUUGCUCUGUCAUGGACUCAGUGAUGAAGUAGUUCCAUAUACUUACGGAGAGAGGUCUUCCCAGAUGAUGAGUUCCGCCGGUUUUCGAUAUGUUACAUUCAAAAGCUACCAAGGGCUUGGUCAUUAUACAGUUCCUAAAGAGAUGGAAGAGGUGUGUCAAUGGUUGAAUGCAAGACUUGGAGCUUGAGAGAUUUAUUUCUUGAUUAUGGAACUGACAUGGGGAGAUUUGGGUAAACAAUAACCGAAGAAUGACAACUAAAAGAAACAGAUUUUGUAUUGGGAGGAAUAAUGAGUAGAGUGAUAGAGGGGCUUCGGUGGCGAUUUAAUGGUAUACAUAUAUAAUAUAUAUAUCUAUAAAUAUUUAUAUAUAAUGUUGUUUUGUAAGUUGGUUGUUAUAAAAUAAAGAUAUUCGGGAUUAUUGGUUUUUAGAUGGAAAUUUGUUUGUUUGACAGCUUGAGAUUGUAUUGUAAUAUUGACUUUAGAUGGUAAAUGAGCUUCUGUUGUUUA